UUUGUUUACGAGUCGUUUGUGAACAGUUGCUUUUUCAUUAUUUGGUAGAAAUAGAAAGUUAAAAUAUUUACUGCUCAAAUAUGCGGCUUUUGAUAUUAUUGGCUUUAUUGGUACUAGUGCCAAAUACAAUUAGCAAGAAGGAAAAAGGGCCAAAACCUGAAUGGGCGAAAAAAGACAUACGUGAUUUCACGGAUGCAGAUAUGGAACGGUUGCUAGACCAGUGGGAGGAAGAUGAGGAUCCCUUGGAACCCGAUGAACUUCCAGAGCAUCUACGCCCAAUGCCUAAACUAGAUUUAUCCAAUCUUGAUAGUAGCAAUCCUGAGAAUUUAUUAAAAAUGUCUAAAAAAGGGCGAACACUUAUGACAUUCGUGUCUGUUGGUGGAGAUCCAACCCGCGAGGAAGCUGAUACCAUUACAAAAUUAUGGCAAACUAGCCUAUGGAACAAUCAUAUACAAGCUGAGCGAUAUAUGGUGAAUGAUGAUCGUGCAAUAUUCCUUUUUAAAGACGGUUCUCAAGCUUGGGACGCUAAAGAUUUCUUAAUAAAACAAGCGCAAUGUAAAGGCGUUACAAUUGAAAACAAGGAAUACCCAGGCGAAUGGAGUAUAAGUAGUGGUUCAAAAGACAAGCAAGAACUGUAGGGAGAAUUUUGUAAAUUUCACUCAAAUAUCUUUCAUUAAUUGUAAAAUUUGCCAAUCAUUGUAAGUUGAAGGAAUUUCAUUAAGAUUAAUAAUCAAAUAAGAACAAAUAUAUGCAUAAAUUUUCAUA